AUCACCACGACCUCCAGCCCAUCAUCAAAGUCGCCUGGCAUUGGUGCGGGAUGGUGAGGGGUUUCACGAAAACCCGCACUGCCUCCAUCUCCACACGAUGCCUCCCAGAUUACGAACCCCGUCCGCGUCGCUGGCGACCGUCGCGUUAGCCUGCACGCCGCGCGCUCGCAUCGUCCCUUUUGCCCGAUACUUCAGUAGCAAGCCUCAAGACCCCGAAGACCCCGAGGUGAUUGCCAUGAACGAGUGGUUCGAGUCCCCCCAGGCCGUAAGGCUGGCCGAAGGAGGCCACGGGCCUCGAUACCUGGGGCCGCUCCCGGACCAGCCGUUCCCGCAGAAUCCCCUUUUCCGCAGCCAGCCGGUGCUGGACGAGCACACACGUGAGCUCAUCUGGGACAAGGUGACGAACCGCGGCGAUUCGCUCAAGGCGGUGUCCGCCGAGAUGGGCGUCGACGUGAGGAGGGUGGCCGCCGUGGUGCGGUUGAAGGCGGUGGAGAAGCAAUGGGUCAAAGCCGGCAAGAAGCUAGCGACGCCGUAUGCCAAGGCCGUCAUGAAUAUGCUUCCAAAGACAAGGUACUCCGAGGGCGAGGAGAACACGCCGCAUGAGCCGAUCAACGAGGUGCACGUGCACAGGUACACGAUGCAGCAGCUCUUCGUGCCGGUGUCGGAGUCGCGGCACUUUACGCGCGAGGACGCGGCCAAGGCCUUCCACGAAACGAUGCUGUCGGCGGACAAGCGAUCGCCGCAGCCGGAGCUGAUCAAGAUGGAGCGUGAGAUCCUGGAGGGCAAGCACAGCCGCCAGGAGGGCAUGGCGCGGUUCAUGGAAGCGACGAAACGUGAGGAGGACGCGGUGGCGCGGCGCAUCGUGAAGCAGCGGGAGGAGGAGGAGCGGCGGACGACGCGGGUGCGCACGGACCGGUUCGAGUUUCGGUUCAAGGAGGUAAGCGUCGACGACGCUGGUCGGGAUGGGCGGUCGCGCAAGGGGACGGGAUGGCGGUACGGAGCGCCGUUUGACGACCGGAAGAGGGGCAAGGUCAAGAUCCCGACAUCGGUGCCCUGAGAGGGUGAGCGGUUUGUGUAUGAUGGCACUGUAAAUUAUCAUGUCCAAGACCAGUACAAGGAAUGGUGUGCCGGACAA